CACGGGCUGACCUACCCAGAUCCGAAUGGCCGCAUCCCUUCUAGCGAUCUGCGAUAAGGAUAUGCGAUUGCGACGCACCUGUGUUACGACGCAUCCGACCGAUGCUGCUUGAGCUUUAGGCCCACCUUCUGGAUAACAGACAGCAUGGCGUUCAAGUUGGACGAUAUUCUGAACGAGAAGAAGGGCCCGCCUCCCGCCCUCGAUUUGUCCAAGGCACGAAUGCAAACGAAGGAAGAUUUUGACAAGGUGUUUGAAAAAGUUCCAGACUCCAAGAUAAAGCCAGAGAAGGUGCGGCUCGCCGACUGCACUGUCUCGGGAGCGGUGCACUUCCGCAGCUCGCGGGUCGAGCGGCAGCCGGUCCAGUUCGAGUACCCCGACCCCACGCCCAUCAGCAUGGCCGGCGUCAACCUGGACGACCUCUGCAACGUUGACAUCUCCUGGCGCAUGCUGACUAUGGCGCGGCCCAAAAACAAACAGCAGGAGGAAUACUUCUCAAAGCUGGUGUCGCUGUCCCGCAGCCGGCGAGACUGUCGUAAGGCACACGCGGGCCUGCCCGUGCCGCAGCUGGUGCCGCGCAGCCGGGCCGCCAAGCGCGGCAAGGGCCAGGCCGUGGAGAUGCGCUUCACAUCAUGCCGCGAGUGCCACGAGGAGCUCUGCCAGGGCGCCUGCAAGGAAUACAACUACGACUGUUACUCGCGACUGAUUGUGGACGAGAAGGACGAGAAGCAGGACGCGGCGCAAGGUAUCAGCGCCUUCAUCAACGGCACGCCGGGCGCCGCCGCCGCCCGCAAGCAGAAGACGGGGGCGCGAAAACCCGGCGUACCACGCUUCCGGCGGAAACGGCGCCGGAAGCGGCGGCCCGUCGACGAGCCGGACGAGGAGACGACAGACGCAGAUGCGGCACGCCGCGGCCUGGCCGCCCUGGCGCUGGAGAAGGGUGCCGCACCAGCCCUGGCGCCCCCGGCCGACUCGCAGACCCGCCUGCGAUAGGGCACCGCCGGGCGGUUCGCGGUGCCACACUGAGGGCGGUCUCAUAAGGACUGGGGGCCAGGCGGAGGUGGCCGGCGGGGUACAAUGUGACCUCGAAGCGCGUGGGAUGGCGGACGAGUACCACCCAUCCAAUGUGCAGUGUGUGGCGUGGUAGUAAUCGUGUUACCUUGCCUGCAAUGCCCGUUUCUGCACAUACACUGCGAAACUGUU